CUGUUAGAUUUUAGCUGUUAUUGCUUAGAUGGUCCACGCCAAGAACUUCGCGACUUUCUCAAAACUGGUGAUGAUGGGCAAGGUAUCUCCAGAUGGGAGUCGUCUCAUUCGCUCUCCCUUUUGCUUCAUAUGUUUUUCCAAGAGCACAAGGAUACGCGACAGCUUCGAAGGUGGUUCCACAAACGUCUGCAAAUCGAACUCAAUGAUAUCAGCACUCGCUCAGCAGCUGGUCGUCUCAUUCAGGAGAUUCGAAUACGGGAUCUGUCACUUGGCACAAAAUUUCCACGGAUCAAUGCGAUACGAGUAGAAAAUGUCGAGAUGUCUGAGGAUAAAAACAUUUUUGAAAAAAUUACACUUUUGGUCGAUAUGGAUUAUACUGGCGGGUUUGAGACUUCUAUAGACGUGACGACGGUAUUUGGAAAGAAAGCUAAUCUGUCCAUUAAGCUUACAAAACUAGCUGGCCUUGUUCGCUUUAUUUUAUCAAGAAAACCAUAUAAUCAUUGGACUACUUCAUUUGUGUCUACACCAGAGUUGUCGACUGAUGUUAGCUCGCAGAUUCAAGGACAUCAACUAAAACGACUCAUUCCGCUGAUUAAAGAGUCUAUCCGAAGAGCCCUGCAGCGGAAGCAUGUCUGGCCAAAUUACAAGAUUCGAUAUCGACCUCUUUUCCCGAAUCCUUUCCUGCAGCCAUCUCCUCCACUUAGUAAGCUUCUUAGGACCGGCAUGAACAUAUUUCUGAGAGGAAAGGAGAGGCAGGGGAAAGAGACGUAUCAACAUUUUUGCUGUGGAAAAUUAGUCAUAUCCCAGAAGAUGAUUAUCUCUUGAAG